UUAUAUCUCGUAGGUAGUUCUCCAUGCGCCGCCUUUUCAAGUCCCACUUCCGUCGUCCAUUCAUACCUUUUGCCACCAUAAUAUCCUUUGGUCUCCAUGUCGCCUUCUUUUAUCCCAGUAGACGAGCUCCUCAAUCGUCGAGAUGCCAAUUCUACAGGCAACGGUACAGCUAUUCCUCUCAUGACUCCCGUUCCAAUAAACAACGUCCCGUCAAUUGACCACUGGAACGCAACGACUUACGGAACUGGCGCGGGAUUUAGCAUCACAAUCCCUGACGGCGAAUUAUUUGCCAGAAGGAGGGCUGGCGGAGGGUACAGGGGAUCUGUAUUCGGGAGCUGGGUCUAUGGCAGUGGGUAUGACAUCGAUGCGGAAUUCGACGAUGAAACAAACCAAGGGAGAGGAGUCAGUGGAAAGGGAUUUCCAUUCUGGUUCUGGCCGUUUGUCUGGGAUGCGAGCGAGGAGGUUAAAGCAGUGAGGGCGAGUGAGGGGGCAGGGUACCUCUAUGACACAGAAGAGUAUGGCAGCACCGAUAAUUCAUCACGACCAGGUGGUCCAUUGACUCAAGCCGUGUUCCAAUCGAACACAACGUCGCUCUCGUCGGGACUCAGUGUCUCAACUUUCCACGUACUCGCCGACAACGCUACGCUCACAUCCCUCAUCGCUCCUCUCAAUCUCAACUGCUCGCUCCUCUACAAUACCACCACCUCUUCCAUCUCUCCAUCCAACUGGUCCUCCUACACCGGCAGCACCUCCGAUCCCCAACCCGAACAAGCCAUCCAAUACUAUCGCGCCAGCACCGUCGUUCUAACACUCGAUGGGUACAACAAUACUGCAAUCUUCUCCGACGAGAAUGCCACGCAGAUCAGUUUGCCGGAUGGUAUGGAUACAAAAUUGGCGACGUGUUUGGAACAGACGAUCGGGGCUGCAGUGCCGUUGUUGUAUGUGGACAAGAUCUUCGGCAAUGAGACGGCGACGCCGAGCGGAGCUUUGCGAUCUUUUGGGAUAUGGCAAGACAACACGAUGGGUUCAGGCUCGUUGGGUGGACUAGUGGGUUUGAUGUAUGUAGGGAUCAGUGUGGCGAGAUGGUGGGCGUAGUGCGAGCUUUUGACGAGCUAUUGUAUCGUUUCAGUUUCCACGGAUUGAACUCAGUUUACCGCUCUCAUCCACGAUUUAACCAUAUGAC